GGAAGUUGUAUUUAGUUUAGCUAACGUCACUUUGAGAAAAAGCUCAGCUUCUGUAAAAAGGAGGACAAUGUCAAAAUAACAGAUUUAACUAGAACAAAACAGGAAGCUAGUUGACUUUAGAAAUUAAAACUUGACGCCUGAUUCUCUUGACAGUUCAGURGUAGUCGAUGCGUUUCAUUUUAUUUUGGUAAGUACAACCGGAAGCUUGUGUGUCACGUCCCGUAACGUCGUGUUUAUUACGAACAGGAGCAGAAUGUAGAGGUACUCGCUCAUCUUCAUAGUCACCGCGAGUCUUUUCUGUAAAAUGUCGACGCGGUGAGUCGGUUCUGGGGGAUGGGUGUCGUGAGGAGGGUUAGCAGGAGCCACUAGCGUUUGUCGUGGGGGUGAAAAAUGUCCAACAUCCUCGAUGCGGCGUCCAGGGCGAAAUGGGACCRCGCGACUGCGGCGAAGCGAGCGGUGCUCCUCGCAGCCGCCGCUUACGGCGUCAAAACGCUGUAUCCCGUCCUCUGGAAGCAGCUCUGCGGAAACAAAACUCCCCGCGGUGAUCGCCGGGGCUCGAAGGCGGAGAACGGCUCAGCCUGCGCGGGUGUAGCCCGGGCGGAUGCCGCGGGCGGUAAGGCAUCCCCCGGCGUGAACGCGGAUUUCUUCCAGCAGAUGCUGGAGCUCGGUAAAAUCCUGUUCCCCCGGCUCGUCUCCAGAGAGCUCGCCCUGCUGUGUCUGCACUCCGUGGCGCUGAUCUCCAGGACGUUCCUGUCCAUCUACGUGGCCAGCUUGGACGGGAAGAUCGUGAAGACCAUCGUGGAGAAGAAGCCGCGGCGCUUCGUCCUCCAGCUCAUCAAAUGGCUCCUCAUCGCCAUCCCUGCCACCUUCGUCAACAGCGCCAUCCGGUACCUGGAGUGCAAACUGGCUCUGGCCUUCCGGACCCGCCUGGUGAACCAUGCCUACCGGACCUACUUCACGGACCAGACCUACUACAAAGUCAGCAACAUGGACGGGAGGCUGGCCAACCCGGACCAGUCCCUCACCGAGGACGUGAUGAUGUUCUCCCAGUCCGUGGCCCACCUGUACUCCAACCUGACCAAGCCCAUCCUGGACGUGGUGCUGACCUCCUACACGCUGAUCCAGACCGCCAGGACCAGGGGAGCCAACGCCAGCGGGCCCACCCUGCUGGCGGGGCUGGUGGUCUUCGCCACGGCCAAGGUGCUGCGCGCGUGCUCGCCCCGGUUCGGGACGCUGGUGGCGGAGGAGGCGCACAGGAAGGGCUACCUGCGCUACGUGCACUCCCGGAUCAUCGCCAACGCUGAGGAGAUCGCUUUCUACAGAGGCCACAAGGUGGAGAUGUGCCACCUGCAGAAGUGCUACCGGGCUCUGGCGGAACAGAUGAACCUGAUCCUGUCCAAGCGCCUGUGGUACAUCAUGAUCGAGCAGUUCCUCAUGAAGUACGUGUGGAGCGGCAGCGGGCUCGUCAUGGUGGCCGUGCCCAUCAUCACGGCCACCGGAUUCGCUGACAACGAAACGGGAACUGGACAGGCUCAGAUGAUGGUGAGCGAGAGGACGGAGGCGUUCACCACCGCCAGGAACCUCUUGGCCUCAGGAGCCGACGCCAUCGAGAGGAUCAUGUCCUCCUACAAAGAGGUCACAGAGUUGGCGGGCUACACCGCCCGGGUCCACAACAUGUUUGUGGUGUUCGAGGACGUCCAGAGGGGCGUCUACAAGCGCUCCUCGCUGUCUGCCACCGCGGGGACGCAGAAGAAGAGCAAACCUGAGCUGCACAUCGACGGCCCGCUGGAGAUAAAAGGCGAGGUGAUCGACGUCGACCAGGGGAUCGUGUGUGAGAACGUCCCGAUCAUCACACCCAACGGGGAUGUCGUCGUGUCCUGCCUGAACUUAAAGGUGGAAGAAGGGAUGCACCUGUUGAUCACAGGACCCAACGGAUGUGGCAAAAGCUCCCUGUUCAGGAUCCUCAGCGGCUUGUGGCCGGUGUACGGCGGCCGGCUCUACAAACCCUCUCCAGAACACAUGUUCUACAUCCCUCAGAGGCCCUACAUGUCUCUGGGGACCCUGCGAGACCAGGUGAUCUACCCAGACUCUGCGGAGGACAUGGCAGCCAGAGGCCUCUGUGACAAGGACCUGGAGGCCAUCUUGGACAUCGUCAACCUCAAUCACAUCGUGACCAGAGAGGGAGGCUGGGACGCUGAGCUGGACUGGAAGGACGUUCUGUCCGGAGGCGAGAAGCAGAGGAUGGGCAUGGCUCGCAUGUUUUACCACAAGCCUAAAUACGCUCUGCUGGAUGAGUGCACCAGCGCCGUGAGCAUCGACGURGAGGGAAAGAUCUUUCAGGCUGCCAAGGAUGCCGGCAUCUCCCUCCUGUCCAUCACCCACCGACCGUCCCUGUGGAAGUACCACACACACCUGCUGCAGUUUGACGGCGAGGGAGGCUGGCGCUUCGAGCAGCUGGACUCGGCGACGCGCCUCACCCUCACCGAGGAGAAGCAGCGGCUCGAGGCUCAGCUCGCCGGCAUCCCCGAGAUGCAGAACCGCCUCAACGAGCUCUGCAAGAUCCUGGGCGACGACUCGGUCCUGAAAACAGCCGAGGAGUGACAGUGAGGGUCCGGGGCGGGGUGGGGGGGAUAAAUGAGGCGGGACAAAGAGGAAGGAGGGGACGUGUGUGACACAAGGAGGCAAUGAAAGAAAAAGAAACGUAGAAAUGUUUGUUUUAGGUUAAAUGGUUCUUUUUGCUCUGAGCCUCACUUGUUGAAGCAGUUUUCUCCUCCCUCCUCUGUUCAAACCCUGAGUUAUCCUGCUGCUGCCCGACAGGUGAAUGGGGCGGGGCUUCACUCCCUCUUCUAACACACUGACUGUAUUUUCAGGUGUAGACUUUUAAUUAGCGCUGCACAAUAUAUGGAAAAUUUAUCACAUUAAAUAAAAAAAAUACCAAUA